GAAUGCACGGGAACGUGACCGUGAUAGGGCAACCGCGUGAUAAUCGCGUUUCGACGGUUCGUCCGAUUGACAAUUCGAACGUGCCGAGACGUGCGUGCCGCGUGAGCCGAGUCUCUUCGCCUCCCGUGUACGCCGGGGUGGAGCAUGCGAGUAUUUACGGGUAUCUCUCAGCUGAAACCGCGACUUUCGAUUGAAAAAUGCUCGCGGACACUCGGGCUGCACUCGCGUCGCAGAUUUUCCCCGUGUCAUCGGAAUCCCGGGAGCGUAUCUCCCGUCGUCGCGGAAACGCGCGGACCGUGCAGUAAUCCCGACGACGGCACGUCGUAGCGUCUCGUCCCCGACGUGGUGGGAAUUUAAAUGCCGCAUAUGUUUUUCAGCGACUCCGAUGGCACAUGCCAGUGUUGUUGAUAGGUUAUACAUGCUUUUGCAGUGUCAGGAGAGGGAAUCGCGUGUUCGCGAGAGAGAAUUGAUCGCGCGCUCGCUACUCUUGCGUUGAGACCUUUCAAGAAAUACAAAAUUCACAAAAUUUAAUAUAUUUAUUUAAAAAAAAAUUUUUUUUAUUUUUCUUCGCGCUCCAAUUUUUCACAUUUUAUAAUAUCAGCAAAUUUAUAAACAUACGAAAUAUCGCGGGAUGAAUAACGCGCAUGUUUUUCGGCGUAGAGUACCUAUGUUUGGAAAAGUUUUUGUGUUAUUUUCAUCCUGACGUUUCUCGGUGUUUUUUUUUUGGUAGCUCUUAGAUACGCGAAGAAGCUCGUGUGGAUAUAAAUGUGCAAUAGGAAUUUUUGAAUAAAGACUUUUGUAUUCCAACAGUUGCACGUAUUACAGGUAAAAAUUAUUGUCUACAGAAAUAAUACGUUAUUACGUUCUACAUGCAUGGAAGAUUGUGUCGACGUUUGAAGAUGGAUUGUGACGAAAAAGAGUUCGAUAGAUGUCGAUUGGCAAUGCCACGUGUAUAUGUAUACCUUGAAUUCAGUGCUUGUGUCAUGUCCCUGUCAUGCGAGAUAGAUACUAGCGACUAAUGCCGUGUGAAUUCGACAGUAAUAAGAAUCAUAGUGCCUCCCUGGAAAGAUAUCUCGGGCGAGUUUCUACUGCGAGCGAGAGAACGCGUCUAGUUCAAGCCACAACAAAUCAUGACUGAGAUCGGUAUAGAUAGUCUGCGAAAUCUCAUCACCCACUUUGCAAAGAACACAUACAGAACCAAGGAUGUGGACGUCACGAAUCAGGAAAUCAUGCAGAGGUGCAUGCUGCUUGCGGCCUUCGACUAUGAUUACUCUACGAUAGACAACACCAGCGGUGACCUUUGUGCGCAUUAUCCCAGCUACCUUAUAAUAUUGGAACAUGACAAGUUUCGCAAUUCAAAGACCCGCGACAUGUCAGUGCCACUGCCAUGUGCGGUGGAAAAUACGUACGAGAGUAUAUAUUUUAAGAAUAAGCUUAACAAGCUGAUGACACAUUCAAGAUUUGCCAGAUGCCGCUCGAGAUUUCCGGUGCCAGUGAUACUGUACAAGGGUAGGCACGUAUGCAGAUCCUCAACAUUGUCCAGCAGCCCAGAAAUGUUCGGUAGAGCCGGAUUAGAUUUCUUGCUGUCUAGUGUAGCUAGCGGCAGCGGCAGCGCCAGCGGUACCAAUUCAGCACAGCCAGUCACACAGAUGGAAGAGAAUUUACCCAGGGAAGAAACGAAGCUCACUGACUUGAAAAAUAAAGUUAGAUAUUAUGAUAUAGAACUCCUCAAGACUCUUAAUGUAGGAACCAUCGUAGACUUCAUGGUCGAGAAGAAGAAAGUUAAAUAUGGGAUGACCGUAACGUCGUCGGAGAAGGUAGACCAAGAGAGGCGGUACAGCAACUUUAACCUCAUUUCACUGCCGUAUCCUGGAUGUGAAUUCUUCAAGGAGUUUAGAGACCGAGAUUACCGAUCGAAGGAUCUGGUGUUUAACUGGUGCCAGAAUUACAUAGACGCGCCAAUAUGCGUACCUGAAGACACAAUCUCCAGUCAAUUACGAGUCAACUGGGAUCAGUAUACAGAAUGGAAUCUAGUCAAAUUAACGCAGAACUAUUUAAAAUUAAUACUGAGAUAUCUGAACGAUAGUAACAACGGAUUACUGAUUCACUGUAUCUCAGGUUGGGACCGUACGCCGCUAUUUAUUUCAUUACUGAGAAUUAGCCUCUGGGCCGACGGGGCUAUUCAUACGACAUUGGAUUCGUACCAGCUACUGUAUUAUACCAUCGCCUACGAUUGGAUGCUCUUCGGGCAUGACUUAGCGGAUCGACUCAACAAAGGAGAGGAAAUACUUUUCUUUUGUUUUGAUUUCUUAAAAUACAUUGAGAGCGAACAGUUCAGCAUACACAAACAUUACGAGAGAACGUCGAGGCAUAGCGAAUCGGAAACAUUCUUUAUUGACAGCGAUUCCUUCGAAAUCAUUACGAAUUCCAGUUUCAGUCCAAAGAACAGUUCGUCCAGUUCUAUUGAACAGAAUAGCGUGGAUGGUGAUUCAUCGCCAGCUGUGUUUAUCGAUUCCGUGGACAAUCAAGAUGACUCACGAAACAAUGUAAAUGUUGCACACGGAACAUUUAAUAUAUCUCCAAACAAGGACGGUGGCGCCGUACAGGAAUCGCGCCCAUCGUUAUCCACAAAUCGUACAUCACCGAUUGGUGUUCCUAUACCGCGUAAUCCGCAUGUUCGUCAGCGAAACGAUUCGACGUCUUCAGGCGAUUCGUGGCAACUGGUAACAGGGACUGGCAGUCUGUGUGGUUCAACGACCGCUAAUGCUCUACACCUAGACAAUGUAUUGGCGCCCGAUUCAGAUUGCAAGCCAUCAUGUGCCACUUGCCGUAGAACUCGACGAAUGUCGCAGGAACGCAGCGCAAACGUAAAUGACGAUGAGACUUGUGUAUCACAUACACAACGUAGAGAACGGUUGCACUGUCUUCGAAACAUAUUUUAUAAGGCUUAUGGACCUCAUGGAUUUCGAUUGAAGGACGAAUCAAGUGGUAUAAGCCAAUAUAUCGGAAAUAUUGUCGGGAUGACUUCCAUUCAACGCACAUCCUAGUGACAAAUUUUAUUGAGCGGCUUUCCAAGAGCAUGAAU